AUGUUCUACAGGUUCCGCUACUAUCAGAAUGUGUGUACAUCAAGCUACUCCUUUGUGUGGUGGAACUGGACAAGGUGGGAGCGGGAGAUUGACUGGAUGGCCCUGAAUGGAAUAAACCUACCCCUGGCUUUCACUGGACAGGAGGCAAUAUGGCAGAAGGUUUAUCUCAAACUGGGUCUCUCACAAAAUGAUUUGGAUGAGCACUUUGCUGGUCCUGCUUUUCUUGCUUGGGGCAGAAUGGGGAAUAUGCGUGGGUUUGGUGGACCCAUACCACAAACCUGGUUAGACAACCAGCUAAAGCUACAACAUCAGAUACUGAGACGAAUGAGAGAAUUGGGUAUGCUUCCUGUACUGCCAGGAUUUGCAGGACACAUCCCAGAAGGAUUUACAAGAGUGUAUCCUAAUGUCAACUUUACGAGGCUGGGUGGAUGGGCAGGUUUUGCAGAUCCCAAAUACUGCUGCACGUAUCUCCUUGACCCUAAUGAUCCCAUGUUUGUCAAAGUUGGGCAAGCAUUUAUUGAAGAGAUGAGUAAAGAAUUUAAUGGAACCAACCACAUCUACAAUGCUGACACUUUUAAUGAAAUGACUCCAUCAUCAGGGUAACAUUUUAUA